UGUUUGUGUAUUCCUAAUGGGCCAUCAUCAUUGGAAUUGUUACCACACAUGCUCUUAUUUCUGUAAUUGAUGUCACAUGCAUAAACCCAGUUUCCAUGUCAUCAUUUUCCUGGACACACACACAUACACACACAUGCACACACACUAAAGUGGUAGGCUUCAGACACAUUAGACAGAGGAGGGUGGGGCGCCAGUAAAGAUUUCUUAAUGGGCUCUUCAGUCUUCUCGUCCAUCUGCUGUGAUGACAAACGCGCAGCUUGUCCACAUCAGCCUGCUCUGCAAACAAGUCCUUCAUUUCGUCUCAAAAAGAUCACUUCCAGCACCUUCACCCAAAGCUGGAGCCUCACUUCUUUCAGCACUUUCCACUCCCGGGGAUGAAAAAGUGAGUUUUUCUGGAUUAUUUGAAGGAAUACGUGAAUGUCUGAUCACCUUCCGAGCGUAUGGGGCUCUCCAUCCCGUCCGGAUCCGAGUGACGCUAUCCGUUGGGCCUCGGCGCCGACCUCGCAGUGGAGACCAUGCCGUCCCUGCACCACGGAGCCAUCUUCAUCGGUGCCUUCCUCAUCGUGACGGGCGGCUCCACCGCCUUCCUGGCGUCGUCGCAGAGCCGCCUACAGCCUUUCUCCCUGUGCUGUGUGGUGCUGGGGGUGGUCAUGCUCAUCUUGGGGCUCUUCUGGGCCAUGAACAGCAAGGGCACCUCCAACUACGACCAGCAGGAGUUCGACCCCGACUGCCCUCACUACCCUUACAAUGAGUACGCUGGUUACAGCAGCCAUGCCCUCUUUGCGCACGACGCCACUCGCUUCCCGGAGUCCCAAUUGGGCUUUAUGCCAGGGGGCAACACAGCCCUUCUUUAUGUUUGGAUUAACUUUAAAACAGCAUUUUUUAAAAUAUUUAUUUCCAAUAACUUUGUUCCGAGAUCCGAACCUCAGAAUGACGAGGCCGUUAAAGAAGAUAAUGAAGCAUUUGUUGUGUUCCCGAGCAGGACUCUGGAUUCCCACCGACAAGGCACUCGUAGCGAGGACUUUGACUACCCCCCCAUGGAUCACGGUGGCUUCAGCCCGUCGCCGCAUCCUCCCCCCUGGCUGGGACCUCCGCCUCCCUACGAGGUGGCCAUCAAAACCACGUGCAGCUCCACGCACCUACGUCGCGCCUACUCUGACACGCACCUAGCCGCCGAGCCACUGUUUGGACGCUCCAGAGAGAUUAGCUUUGAGGUUUAAAAGCCACAUCCAACACAUCCUACCACGCUUAUCUUCAGUAGGGUGACGUCACGAGUGAGAUGGAGCCGAGCCCGGAUGACUUUGGGUGGAGGCGGGUGGGGUACACCUUGGACAGCUUCCCAGGCAAUACCUGGGAAUAAACACUCACACCUAUGCACAAUUCAAGAGUCUUCAAUUAACAUAAUAUGCACGUUUU